AUGACGGGUAGAACAGAAAAGUGGUCAUUUGAUGGAAGAAACCGAGGUCAAGAGGAUAUUGAAAAUUUCAGUUGUGUUCUUGGCCUCUCCAAGUGCCCUUUCAUUCAGGGAAAAGUGUUGUUAGCUCAGCCCAGGGACACUGGUUUUUCAUUUAGCCACGAUAUCAAUAGUCAUUUGGCCAGCCUCUCCAUUGCUGGAAACACGAUCCCUAUUCCCGACCCUGCUGUUGAGGCUUUCUGUGCCCUGGAUAACUUGAAAGCCAGUGUUGAAAAUCAGGGCCAGAUUAAGAUGUACAUCAACGAAGUGUGUCGGGAGACUGUGUCACUUUGCUGCAACUCAUUUCUGCAGCAGGCCGGAUUAAAUUUGUUAAUAAUCAUGACAGUUAUUAAUAACAUGCUUGCCAAGUCCGUUUCAGACUUGAAGUUUCCUUUGAUACCAGAGGGAAGUGAAUGUGCUGAGGGGCACGUUGUGAAACCCUUGAUGGGUUUGUCUGAAAAGCCAGUCUUGGCGGGGGAGUUGCUGGGAGCCCAGAUGUUGCUCUCCUUCCUGUCCCUCUUUAUCAGGAACGCAAACAGACAGCUUCUCCCAGAAAUCCCGGCCUCUUAAAUGGCCCCCUCCAACAGGAUGGGACUGAUCCACCCCGAACCAAAACCCGAUCAGUGAACCACACACUUGUGUUCUCAAUCAAAGACUCUGCAGUGGGUGCUAUUGAAGAUCCAGCCUUAGCCAAUAGCCAUAUCUCUGGGUGAAAGUUACACUUGCUAAAUCCAGGACCACUCUCUUGUUGGCCAGGCAGGGGCUCCCACAGAGCUUUGAGUAACCUCUUGGUUUUGCAGUCUGCAGGCAGUGCGCAUUGUAAAUUGCUCCCUUGCGGCCUUCUUCCUGUGGUAAAGGGAUCAUUUCAGCUGUGUGGUGAAAGGACAACAUUUUCUAGCCCGACAAGGGAUGCCUUGCCUGUGGUGGUCUCCCUGUCUAAGCUGGACCGUCUUGUGGAGACCAGGCCCAUAUGGGAGCUUGUGCCGAAAAUGCAUUGGUUGCUGCGUAGGUUGAAUUCUUUUUCAUUUACUCUCUUUUCUUCACGAGCCUAUGGAUGGUAAACCUAUUCAGCAAAAAAUGUACACUCCCCUUCUAUGAGUUGUACUGACUCAGCCUCAUCCACCAAGUCUGCAUUUUUAUGUAUCACCAAUAAAGCUGUGUGCUUUAGCUGGCAAAAACGAGAACAUGGUACUUGUCUUUGA